AUGUCUGUAACAGGUCACGAAAAUAUCGAAAUUAAAUUAUUAGCUGGUGGGCUGUCAUGCAUGUUUAUCUCCGCUGUUCUCAAUCCGAUGGAUGUGAUUAAAGUUGUUUUACAAACUCAAUCGCAACUGAAAUCUAUUGAACAUCAUGCACAUCCAGUUAGCGAUUUUCUUCUUCACCCAUCUCGAUCGUUAUAUGCCAAUGCACGAUAUCACGGGACUUGGCACGCGAUGAAAUCGAUUUAUCUCGAAGAAGGCUAUGGACGAGGUUUAAUGAAAGGUAUAACAGCAUCGAUGUUACGUGAAGCGAGUUAUAGUAGUAUUAGGAUGGGUCUUUAUGAUUCAAUUAAGGUUCUUCUUGCACCACAUGGAACGACCAAAGAGGAGUUUAGUUUUGGACAGAAAUUAAUUGCUGGUGCGGGAUCCGGUGCAUUAGGAAGUUUCAUUGCUACACCAACUGAUCUUGUCAAAAUUCGCUUUCAAUCUUAUUCACCUCGACAUCCGAAUCCUUAUAAAAAUACCCUCGACGCAUUUUAUCAUAUAAUCAAAUACGAAAACGGAAUUUUUGGGUUGUAUAAAGGUGCAUUACCAACGAUCACACGUGCAACUGUAUUGACCGGAAUGCAGUUAAGUACAUACGAUCAAAGUAAACGACUUCUACUUCGGUCAGGUUACUUUCAUGAUAAUCCAACGUUACACAUUGUUUCAAGUAUUAUAAGUGGAUUACUAACAACAACCAUUGUCAGUCCUAUUGAUAUCAUAAAGACACGAAUUAUGACUGAUAACACCUCGACGAAUCGUCUGUAUAAAAGUUCAUUCGACUGUGCUUAUAAAUUAUUGAUGAAAGAAGGUCCAGAAGCGUUUCUAAAGGGUUGGUUUCCAAAUUAUCUUCGUCUCGGACCACAUUUUCUCGUUUCAUUAUCAUUAGCCGAACUCAUACGAAAAUCGCUCGGCGCUGAUUCUUUUUGA